AAAAAACCCAAAUUUUAAUUUUAGGUAAUUUGGGUGAAAAUGCUCAACUUAAUCCUUUAACAACGGGAACACAUGAAAAUCAUCAACAUACAAAUAUUCUUGGCCCAAAACAUUUUAUUGUUGAAGAAGAAAAUGAAGCUCUAUUAGCAAAAGAAUUACAAGAAGCUAAAAUUCAAAGUACACAUAAUAGUCUUAGUUCAAUGCAUAGUAGUCAACCACAUUUAUUAAAUUUUGAAACAACUGAUUUUUGUCUUCGUCAUCCAAAUUUAUUACUCGAUCGUUUAGCAUUGCAUUCCAAAUCAUUAUCUUCAUUAUCAGCCAUACCAUCAACAACAGAAAAAAAAAUACAAAAAAGUUCUUCUGGUACUAUACAAUUACGUUUUACUACUGGACUUGCCUAUGAUGAUGAUACAUUAAAACAUGAAUGUUAUUGUAAACGUACGGAUCUUCAUCUUGAGAAUCCUCGUCGUCUACUUGUUAUAUAUGAACAUUUAAAAAGAUCAAAUUUACUUGAUGAUUGUGAAAUUAUUCGUGGUUGUUGUGCAACCAUCGAUAUGUUAACUGAUUGUCAUGAUCCUGGUCAUGUUUAUCUAUUUGGUUGUGAUCAAAGACAACGUAGUCAACAAUCACCAGCAAUAUUAGCUGAACGACUUAAAUCUCUAGUACAUUUACCAUGUGGUGGUUUUGGCAUACACGAUGAUGCAGAUACAAUAUGGAAUGAUGAAUAUACAGCACGUGCAUGUCGUUUAGCUAUUGGUAAUACAAUUGAAUUAUCGAAAUAUAUUCUUGAUGGAAAAUUAAAAAAUGGUUUUGCACUUGUACGUCCACCAGGUCAUCAUGCGACCCAAAAACCUCUGGGUUUUUGUUAUUUCAAUACAGUAGCUAUAGCAGCAAAAUAUUUAAAGAAACAUCGAAAUUUAGAACGUAUUGCUAUUGUUGAUUGGGAUAUACAUCAUGGUAAUGGUACACAAGAUUUAACAUAUGAUGAUCCAAAUAUUCUUUAUAUGUCAUUACAUCGUUAUGAUAAUGGAACAUAUUUUCCUGGUGGUGGACGAAUAGAAGAAUGUGGUUGUGAUGAUGGUCUUGGUAAAAAUGUGAAUAUUGCUUUUUCCGGUGAACCGCAAUCAGUUAUGACCGAUGUUGAAUAUUUAGCAGCAUUUCGAAGUGUUGUUAUACCCAUAUUAAAACAAUUUCGACCUGAAAUUAUUCUUGUUUCAUGUGGUUUUGAUGCAUGUACAGGACAUCCUCAUCCACUUGGUGGUUAUGAAUUAACACCGACAUGUUUUGCUUAUAUGACAAAGGAACUAAUGAAUUUAGCUGAUGGAAAAGUUGUUCUUGUUUUAGAAGGUGGUUAUGAAUUAAAUGCAUUAGCUGAAUGUGGAAAACAAUGUAUCGAAGCAUUACUUAAUCGACAAAUACCUACGUUCAGUAAAGAAACUCUUGAAACUAAACCAAAUCAAUAUGCUGUACGUAGUUUAAAACAAGUUAUUCAAGUCCAACGUGAAUUCUGGCCUCUGCUUGAACAAUAUAAACAUUUGAUUUCUAUGUCACAUGCAAAGGCUACUGAAUCAUGA